AUGGAUUUACCGUAUGUGAUCAGUCCUGUCGGGGAGAAUGAUUUCGCAUGGCUGGUGCUUCAACGAUUCUUGGGGUCUUUCCUUGAAACGCUGCCCUUUGGACUUGGAAGGUUCGUCAGGUACACAAAGCGGGGAUGGAAUUGGUCGGACAAGAACAAGGCACACAAGGAGCUGGGAAAGGUCUUCAUCGUUGUCUCACCAUCAGGAAAUGAUUUACAUGUUGGAGAUGCGGCUGCGACUGACUUCAUACUUUCUCGGCGGAAGGAUUUUCUCAAGCCGCUUGAGCUAGCUAAGUUGAUUGAUGUCUUUGGACAGAGUGUGAUCUCGAGCGAAGGAUCUGAUUGGCAACGUCAUCGACGAGUAACCGCACCACCAUUCAACGAGCGGAAUAGUCAACUCGUCUGGGGUGAAGCGCUGCGCCAGUCAGUACAGAUGCUGGAGCACUGGAAUUCGAAGAUCGGGGGGACCAAUGUGACCACUACACUUCGCGACACGGCGAAGCUAGCGCUUAAUGUGCUAAUGUGCGCUGGUUUUGGCAUGACUUACUCGUUUCGCGACUCUCUUGACGACAGGAAGGAUGGGUUUGGCAUGAGUUACCGGGAUGCGCUUGAAACUUGCAUGAGCGAUGUGUUAAUGGUUUUUGUCGUUCCAGCAAGUGUUUUCUCUUUGCCCUGGCUCCCGAAAAAGCUAACAAAAUACAAAAUGGCGGUAGCUGAUUUAAAACGCUAUCUGCAAGACAUGGUUGCUGCGGCAAAGGUUAAAGCGAAAGAACAUGGAUCGACUGACGCCGAUCUGCUCAGCAACUUGGUGCGCAGGGCCCGUGACGUGCAGAUGGAAAACUCUGAAGACGAAACCCUUUCACAAAACAGUCUGAGCGACUCUGAAAUUCACGGGAAUUUAUUCAUGUUUAGCUUUGCGGGUCAUGAAACUAUGGCAACAACACUGGAGUAUGCGAUAUAUCUCCUUGCCGCCUUUCCGGAAUGGCAGGAAUGGGUAGGAGCCGAGAUUGACGAGGUGUUCAAGGCGCACGAAAGUAUCGAAACGUUGGAUUACGAAGAAUUGUAUCCAAAGCUAAAGCGUUGCCGUGCUGUCAUGUACGAGGUGUUGAGGCUUUACCCACCAGCACUGAAAAUACCAAAAUGGACUGGAAACACACCGGCAACACUGCUGUUAGACGAUCGGGUGAUCACGAUUCCUCCACAUACUCACAUCUAUCCAAAUGUGAUCGCACUGCAGACCAACACUGAAUAUUGGGGCGAGGACUGCAUGUUGUGGAAGCCCAAUCGCUGGAUCCAAUCGAGCUCGAGGCCAUCUACAUUCUUAUCGACGAGAGAAACUCUCGAUUCCGAGGAACUAGUGAACGCUCCGAUCAGAGGCUCGUAUAUACCAUGGGCGGACGGAUCACGCAUCUGCCCGGGUAAGAAGUUUUCUCAGGUUGAAUUUGUUGCGACCGUAUCAGCACUUUUGUGGAAGCACAGGAUAGCCAUCAGUCCGCGCCAAGGGGAAAAUUUGACGCAGGCGAGGGAACGAACACGUGGGGUUAUCGAGGACAGUGGCAUUACUUUCACCCUACGGAUAUGGAAGCCGGAGACGGUAGACCUGCAAUUCCUCCAGCGGUCAAAGGCCUCUUCAUAG